CUCACACACCAGGCCUAUUGUCAGAGCAUCAGUUGAAGAGCUGACGUCUGGUGCUAGGAGGGAAGAGGACUGGGCACGGGGCAUUAGCAAGAAGGACUGGGAUAGCGACACCAAGGCUACAAAACCUCAACAUCAAAAUGAGUGUUAAUACUGUGAGGUUUGCUGUGCUUGUGCUUGGAUGGUCUCUGACACUCUCCUCUGCCACCCAAUUGGGUCUGAGCGACAAAGUCCUGGUCUUCCCUUUUGAAACGGACUUCAGCUUUGUGGCCCUGAUCCCGCAGAAGGAGAUGGGGUUGAGGGCCUUCACUCUCUGCAUGCGCGUGGCCACAGAGCUGCCGGAAGAACGGCAGAUCAUCCUGUUCGCCUACCGCACAGCUGACUACGACGAGCUCAACGUAUGGCGUGAGAAGGACGGACGCAUCUCCUUCUACAUGAGCGGUGACGGGGCCUCCUUUCACCUGCCGCCCCUCUCCACCUUCCGCACCAGCCUCUGCCUGACCUGGGAGUCUCGCACUGGCCUCGCUGCUUUUUGGGUGGAAGGGAAACGCAGCACCUACCAGGUCUACAAACCCGGGCACACCAUCCGUCCAAAAGGCACCGUCCUGCUGGGGCAGGACCCAGACAAACACCUGGGGGGUUUAGAGGCCGUGCAGAGCUUUGUCGGGGAGGUGACUGAUCUGAAUAUGUGGGACUUUGUGCUUUCCAGGAGCAUGAUCCAGGCCUGGCACUAUGGGCACAAGGUCCCCAAGGGCAAUAUCUUUGACUGGGCCACUAUUGAGUAUGAGCUGAAUGGGAACGUGAUGGUGGUGGAUGAUGACUGACUCGGUGUGGAGUCAAAUGCAGAGAGAGAUGCGGCUUUAGAGAUCUGUGUAGGACUGAUACUGAUUUGUGUGAUUGUCUUUCUUAGAUUCAGUGUUGUUUUAUGUUAGGGCCCUUCCACCGAUCUUCCAUCAAGUCCACGAGUCUCUGUUUUAAUGUUGCAUGAAGAGACUCUUGAUGAUUGGGUCAAGAGAAUAAAAGGGACCAGUGUUUUUAAGGGUUUUCAGUAUGCUCGUUUAAUAUCCUCCAGUAUGUAACCUGUAACUAAAUUCAGCAGCAAAAUGCACAGGCAACAAAAGCUAAUACAUUGUGGUGCUCAGAAGUCUUAAGGUUGUUUUACAUCACUAACUCUUUAUGCAUCACUCAAACCUUUUGCUCAUUUGCUGUGAGUAACAAACCGGUAAAUAUCAGGCACCAAAUGUUGAUGUGCCAGAUGUAUCCAUAGGGUGGCACUCUCUACUAGUUCACAUCAAACAGACACUCCUGUGGACCGAAGCAUCAUCAUGCAUUCAUCCAGUAAUUUGAUUUGGCAUGGUUAUGCUUAUGGGGGUCGUUAACGAGACCAACGAUAAUUGAUUGAAAUGCUUAGAAAAAGAAAGGUGUUGCUACCAUCCAGAUCAAUUUAAAUAUGUUGUUUUAUAUGCAGGUGGACAUUUAGCAAAUAAAAAUAACUAAGACAUCUGCUCACAUUACCAUGAUGCUAUAAUGUAUUUAAGAGCAAAUUUCAACAGCUGACAACUGCGAUGCAAUUAUAACUAAAACUAAAAUGAUCUUAAGCUUUUUUGGGCAGAAUGUAACAUAUUAUAACAAUGACUACUACUGUGACUAUGCAGUUAGUGACCUACGUAUUUGUUUGUCCAAUGAUAUUGAUGAUAAAAAUGCAAAGGAGAUAUUAAAACAGCAAACUGGGAGAUGAAUAGUUUCUGUGUGGACUUAAUGAUUUAACUGCACUCAGAGACAAAUAGCAGUUAUCAUGUUUAAUAUCCAUUGCCAUAAUGUUGCCUUAGGUAAGCGUACUCACUCAUGAAUUUUCCAUGUUUCAACUGAUGUAAGA